AUGGCCCUGAAGGGAGCCCUCCCUGCACUCCUGCUGCCCCUCGUCCUGCUGGUCACUGGUCUGGCCCUGGCCCGAGGGGAGUCGCGCUAUGAGAAGUUCCUGAGGCAGCAUGUGGACGCCUCUGACCCCAGCCCUCCAGACACCCGGCGCUACUGCAACCUCCUGAUGCGGCGCCGGGACCUGGCCACUGCCCACAAGUGCAAACACCUCAACACCUUCAUCCACAGCAGUGCCGACCAGAUCGAGCCCGUCUGUGGGGACGGCGGGGAGCCGGCUGGAGGAGACCUGCGCCUCAGCGAAGGCCCCUUCCCCCUCACUGUCUGUGAGCUCCAAGGAGGGUCUGAUCCCCCCAACUGUGACUACAGCGGGUCCAGUAGCACCAGCAGAAUCGUCAUCGCCUGCGUCGAUGGGGAACCAGUCCACUUUGAGACACAGGUUGAGAGCCAGGCAGGGGAGGGGGAUGAGCUAUGA